UGUAUUGACUGCUUGCCCAGUACCCAAAUGAGCUUCAAACAAUUCGAUUUCUUAUUGAAUUUGUUAUUUAUGAGAGCCGAUCGACGCCGUCACCAGCGUAAAGCAUCACACAAGUGCUGAUGAAGUCCUUCUUGUCGGCCUUUCACUCCAAACCCACCGCGCGACAUGCCCGCAUUCAAACCCAAAAUGCUCAUAAACCCACAGCGGCAUUUCGUCAAACACUUGGCAGAUGCAUCAAAGCCCCUUCUCUCCCGCUCACUCGCUUCCCAUUCUUCAACAAGCCCCCAUCACUUCUACACCUCGCUCUUCUGCACUCUCAUCCACCUCUUCCUCCGCUGCCGCCGCCUCUCCAAGGCCAUAGCCGCUUUCUCCGCCAUGAGGGAUUACAAAUUCACGCCGGAGCUCCCUCAUUGGAACGCCCUCUUGCACCACUUCAACUGCGCCGGGUUGGUUCAUCAGGUAAUGGUUAUGUAUCAAGAAAUGAUCUUUUCUGGUGUAAGACCCAAUGUGGCUACCAAGAACGUUGUCGUUCACUCUCUCUGUAAAGUUGGGGAUUUCGAUAAGGCGCUUUCCUUUUCCAGAGAUAACGAGGAUUAUAGGUUUAUGAGUGAUGUAGUUACUUAUAAUACUUUAAUUUGGGGGUUUUGUAAAUUCGGAUAUGUAGAAAUCGGACUCGGGUUGGUGUCGGAGAUGGUGAAAAAGGGUGUAAAUUGUGAUAGUUUCACUUGUAAUAUAUUGGUGAAAGGUUUUUGUGAUAAGGGUUUGCUGGAAAAUGCUAAAUUGGUUAUGGACACCAUGUGUAGUGGCUUAGUUACAGAUGGAACGGUUGUUCCUAGAGAUGUUGUUGGCUUUAACACCUUGAUAAAUGGUUAUUGCAAGGCUGGUGAGGUUAGUGUUGGUCUACAGCUGAUUGGGCGUAUGAUGAAAGAGAGCUUGCUGCCUGAUAUUGUUACCUAUAAUACUUUGAUAGAUGGAUUUUGUGAGAUCGGAGAUGUUGAUUCUGCAAAGAGUCUCAUGGACAAACUCUUAGAGUGUGAUGUAUCUAAAGUUAUCGAUGGAGAAAAAUGUGGUGUUGUUGCUGAAGUACGUCAGAGGCCAGAUCAUAUUACAUAUACUAAUUUGAUUGGUGGAUAUGGCAAGCAUCAGCAGAUGGAAGAAGCAUUGGCACUAUAUGAGGAAAUGCUGGGAAAGGGAGUCGAACCUGAUGUAGUUACCUUCAGUUGUGUUAUAAACCUACUUCUUAAGACUGGGCGGUUUUCCGAGGCCAAGUACCUAUUUCGUGAGAUGAUAAGGGUAGGUGUGACCCCAAACCAUGUUACCUACUCAAGUUUAGUUGAUUUUAUGUUUAAACGUAGUGAUGCAAUGACUGCAUUUGGCUUGAAAAGUCAAAUGGUAGUUCGUGGUAUCACAUUUGAUGUGGUGGUGUUCACUACAUUUAUUGAUGGUCUCAUUAAGGCUGGGCGAGUUAGAGAAGCUGAGGAUAUGUUUCAGAAUCUUUUGGAUUCUAAUAUCGUGCCAAAUUGCAUCACAUAUACUGCGUUGAUUAAUGGUCUCUGUAAUAUAGGUGACAUGAAGGGUGUGGAAUGUCUAAUGCAGCAAAUGAAGGCGCAUAAUGUAUUGCCAAAUGUGGUAACUUUUACAUCUGCAAUUAAUGGCUAUGUGAAAUGCGGAAUGCUUGAAGCAGCUAUCGAUAUACUACGAGAUAUGGUUUCCCAUAACAUUUUGCCGAAUGCUUUCACCUAUAGUUCCUUAAUAUAUGGCUGUUUUAAGGCUGGUAGGAAAGAAAUUGUUGAAGGUCUAUACGAAGAUAUGAAAAUGCGAGGGUUGAAGGAUAACAUUUUCAUACUUAAUUCUUUUAUGAACAAUCUUAAGAAGGAGGGAAGGAUUGAGGAGGCAGAAGCAUUGUUUAAAGAUUCACUCUUUCAAAGAUUGGUACCAGACCUUGUUAAUUACACGACCCUGAUGGAUGGACUGUUCAAAUCAGGAAAAGAGUCCUCUGCUCUUGAGGUUGCCGAGGAGAUCACAGCUAAAAAUAUAGGGUUCGAUAUUAUCUCCUAUAAUGUCUUACUUAAUGGAUUGCUUAAAGGUGGGCACUAUGAUAUGCAAUCUAUUUACACUGGAAUGCAGCAGUUUGGAUUAACUCCAGAUCAUGCCACGUUCAACACCUUAAUCAAGGCGUAUUGUAGAGAAGGGAAAUUCGAUCAUUCUCUUCGACUCUUGGAUGAAAUGAAACUUCAUGGCUUAAAGCCUAAUGCAAUAUCCUGUAACAUUUUAGUAGAAGGAUUUUGCAAGGCUGGCAAAAUUGAUGAGGCAAUGGAUUUGUUAAAAGAGUUUUCUGUUGCAGGGUUACGCCCAACAGAAAUAAUUCACAAAAUUGUGCUUACAGCUGCUUCAGAGGCUAAAAGGGCAGAUAUCAUCUUCAAGGUGCACAAACAGCUUGUUGCUAUGGGGCUUAAUUUGAAUCUAAAUGUUUUUGGUAAUCUAAUAACUAUUUUAUGUGGGCUUAAGAUGACUAGAAGAGCGUCAUCUGUGCUAGAGGAAAUGAGUAAAGCUGGUUUCCAUGCCAACACUGUCAUUUACAAUGCUAUGAUUCAAGGCCAUUGCAAAAGCUCCCAUUUACAGAAGGCUUCUGAUGUGUACUCCCAGAUGAUAGCUGAAGGAGUUCCUCCAAAUCUUACAACAUAUAACAUUCUUCUUGGUGGUUUUGCAUCAGCUGCGUUGAUGCAUGAGGUAGCUAAGCUUCAGCUGGAGAUGGAAGAAAAGGGGUUUGCUCCAAAUGGUACCACAUUCGACAUUUUGGUUUGUGCCCAUGGGAAGAGUGGGAAUAUGAAGGAAUCAAUAAGACUUUAUUGUGAAAUGAUCACCAGAGGUUUCGUUCCUCGAAUCAGCACAUACAACGUACUUGCCAGUAAUUUUGCCAAGAUGGGAAAGAUGAAACAAGCAAUGGAGCUUUUGAAUGAAAUGCAAACUAGAGGGGUGCCCCCAAAUUCCUCAACCUAUGACAUUCUUGUAACUGGAUGGUGCGACCUAUCUUAUCACGAAAGAUCUAUGAAAAAAUUAUGUGAUGCUGAGGCAAGGAAGUUGUUUACUGAGAUGAAUGAUAAAGGUUUUGUUCCAAGUGAGACUACUAUAUGCAGACUGAGUCCUGUCCUUGCUAAGCCAGGCAAAGUGGCUGAAGCACAAAGACUAUUAGAUAGAAUUUACAAGACAAAGAGAUAGUUUCUUAGUGUAAUUGACAUGGGAUGAGAGAAGUAGUAGUAUAAGAGUGGGUCUGUCAUCGUAUAAACCUUUCCUCUAAGGCUGGCAAAACAAGCAUAAAUAGCUUAUAGGAAAGACAACAGUCUUCGUGGACUUGGAGCGGACUUCUCCUUGUACAAAACCUGAAUCACCAGUAGGAGAGUACUAUUUUGUAUGUUUUGUAACUGCUGAUUCUCCAUGGUGCUCCUUCACCCCAUUUCAUAUUUUAAAGAUGAAGAAAAGCUGCGAAAAGCCAUCUACCUCUUCAAUUGUAAAGAACAGUAAGAAUAGUAGGAGCUCAACCAAACAGAAGCUGUUUUGUGCUUACAGAUGGAGUUGCAGGAGGAGCAUAUGAAUCCCAGAUGUUGUAUUUUCAGUGAUCUGGUGAUGGGCUAAAUCAUUGUGAAGCUAAUGUAAUUAGUGACAAGGCUAAUAGCAAGCAUAGAGCUUACCAGCCUGUACACCCAGGUUGAAGCUGGAGGAGCUCAUUGGUCUCAUAUGGUAAUGCAAUCGUGGUGUUUCGAGAAAUUCCAGUACAGCUAAAAUGGAAUGAAGAUUUUGCAUGCUGUGGAAUUAGUUGAUCAGGUGGAAGAGCUUGCUGAUUGUUAGA